AUGCCUUCUCUGUUCACCAUUGCAUUAAUUCUCUUGUUUCUUCUCAGCCUUCCAUGGAACACCUUUUCCCAAAGCACCGGAAUUGAACAGUGUAGCUCGAAUCUCCUACCUUUGGCCCCGUGCGCACCUUUUGUGCAGGGUGCUGCGCCUUUGCCAGUCCAGUUGUGUUGUGACAACCUUAAACAACUCUACAUUCAGCAACCUAGUUGCCUUUGUGUCUUGCUCAAUGAGACAACUUUGACUUCUUUCCCUAUUAAUACCACACUUGCUCUUCAGUUACCCCUUCUAUGCAACCUCCAGAUGAGCAUUUCUAAUUGCACAGGCACACCCUUGCUUUCAACUCCACCUACUUUCCAAGUUCCCUCUGGGCCAAAUACAAAUUCAAUAGUUGCAGCUUCUCCAAUGGUGACAGUGGCUCCGAGGCCGAGUAUCAUGGGAUUUGGACUUCGCCACAAUGCUGGAGUGAAGUUGAAUGCACAAAGUGAAGUUGCGAUGAUGCUGCUAAUAGCAAUUUCAUCUGUGUUUACAAGCAUACUACGUUGA